AUGGCGACGCUCUACGCAGACACUGAGGCGCCUUGUCUCCCGCCCUCUGGGCAAGCAGAGCGCGGGCAGACACCCGCCGGAGCUUCAGGAGAGAAGAAUCACUCCGCUCCAGCGCGAGCGCGUCUGCCUCCGCAGCGCGUGCUGGUGCUCGGAGGAACGGCCUUCAUCGGGCGCACAGUCGCGCGCAGACUUCACGAGGAAGGCUAUCAACUAGUCUUUGUCAACCGAGGCCGGUCGUACUGGGGCAGCAAACUAACUGAAGGCGCAGAGCACCACCGCGCCGACCGCAGGGACGCGAAGGCCUUCGAGGCGUGUCUGGACAAGCUCACCGAGGAGGAAAAAGCAACGCAAGGCAGGUCGUGGCUGGCGGUUGUGGACUUCUCCGCGUAUAAGCCGAGCGACAUCCAGGCUGCGCUGAAUGGUCUACGCGGGCGAUACGGGCUUUAUGUCUACAUUUCGUCCGACAGCGUCUACGAGGUUUCGGAUGCCGAUUUAUGGAAGCGGAGUCCAAGCGUCACGGAGAGCCACGCCGUGCGUCCGACCGACGCGCACCGGGCGUCGAUUCUUCGAAGGAAAGACCGUUACGGUCACAACAAACUCGCCGCUGAAGAGCUCCUGCGAGACACCGCGUCCGCUUACCGGCGGCCUGUCGUAGCGCUGCGGCUCGCUGACGUGAUUGGCCCCUUCGACGAUACAGAUCGAUUCUGGGCAUACUUCUGGUGGACUCAAGUUGCAAGCUGCCAUCCCGUUCUUGUGGAGCCCUCCGGCGAGUCGCAGCGGAUGAAUCUGACUUUCUCUGAAGACGUCGCGCGCGCCGUCUCCUGUCUCCUGGGGAUGCCGCUGCUCAGCGAAGACGCUUCCGAAAACGUCGCGGAGACGAACGCCGCUGCAGACGACAAGGCGCUCGACGAGAGGAACGCAUCGGGCGACGAACCUCUCUUUAGCGCCUACAAUCUGGCUUGCGAAGAAACCGUGACGCUCGUCGAGUUCCUGAAUUUGCUGCACAUGCGCUGCGCGCUUCACCGGUCGCGAGGGACGCUGCCGGCUCUCUCCGCUUCCGCGGGCGCGCCGCAGGCCAGCGGCAAGGCGAAAGAAGCCGGCGACGCACUCGUGUGGCGCAUUGAAGAAGACUGUCUCAAAUGCCCUUCUUUUCUCCCUUCCGUCUGCCGCCUCACGCCGCUCUCCAUGGCAAAGAUCCGCAAGGAGCUCAACCUUGCUCCGACGCCUGUGGCCGAGGCGGUCAACAAGACGUGCGACUGGACGGUCACCGCGUCUCGCGACUUCCCAAAAGAAGCCGCGGAUGCCGUCAAGACACUGCCCUUUGAGGUGCAGCAAACUGUCGCCAGUCUCUUUCCUACUCUUGCGAGUUUUCUUCCGCGGUCGCCGCCCUCGAGUUCCUCUUCUUCCUCAUCGAGUAGCUCGGAUGAAUCACUCAGCGACGAAGAGAAAUAG